GCAUACGUGCGGGUACGUGACGUUAUGUGACGGCGCCGUGACGGGGCGUGACGGUCCCGUUGCUGGCAAGUCACGGGGCGCUACCACCGUUACCCGAUUAAGUGAGCCUCGGCCUCGCGAUCCGUCGCCCCCUCGCUAACGUCGUCUGCCUCCCGUGCCGUGUCGUGAGGCCUUCCCCCGUCCGGAUUUGGAGGCCCUAACCCUAACCCUAACGCCGCCUCCGCCAUGGCCUACUGCGACGACGACUUCUCUCUCCUCGGAGACGAAGCCCGGUCGCAGCCCCAGCCCCAGCCCGGCCCCUUCUCCGCCGCCCAACGGUACCUGCCCUCCAAGCCGGCGCCGAUCUCCCUCCAGCCUCGCCCCCACCACCACCUCGCCGCUGCAGUGGCCGCAAUCGACAACCCCGGAAAGAACGGGGUCGUUGUCGACGGAGGGAGCGACGACCAUGAUGGCUACGGCGAGGCCUUUGGCCAAACGAACACCUCCAAGUGCCCCACCGCCCCGGGUUUCCACGACCAACACUGCUUCGCCGACGACGACAACCCGUUCGCCCCCCAGAACCCCGCCGCUGAUGAUGAAGGUGGCGACGACGAUGGCGAUCCUGACAACUACCCCGAGCGCAAGGGGGCCAUCGUCACCGCCUCCCAGCACCAGCAGCCUCAUCACCGCCUGCCGAAGCGCAAGGAUCGCGACGAUCUUAGCGACAGCGAGUCCCCCUACUGCUACAACAGCAGCGGGGCGGCUAAUAAGAAGUCGAGGCCGAUGUCGUCAUCGGGGGACUACCGCAAGGACCGGGAGGAAUGGAGCGAUACGGCCAUUAGCUCCCUCCUCGACGCCUACACGGAGAAGUACGUGCAGCUCAAUCGGGGUAACCUGCGGGGGAGGGACUGGGAAGACGUGGCCACCAUCGUCAGCGAGCGCUGCAACAAGCAGAAGGUUGGCAAGAGCGUGGAGCAGUGCAAGAACAAGAUCGACAACCUCAAGAAGCGCUACAAGGUCGAGUGCCAGCGGCUUAGUAGCGGCGGGCUCCCUGCAAGCCACUGGCCGUGGUUUAAGAAGAUGGAGCAGCUCGUUGGUUCCUCUUCGUCCUCGUCAAAGGCUGGUCCAGAUGAUGACAAAUCCAUCACCCUUGGUGGCUCUGCUGCAGUCAUGAGACAGAUCAAAAGAUAUCCCCUUGCUGCAUCUGGCCCUGUUAUUGUAAAUACUAACUCAAAGAUGAAGGCAUUAUCAAAUCCACGGUGGAAGAGAGUGAUUUUGAAAAUUAGUGGUGUGGCAUUAGCUGGAGCUGGUCCCCAAAAUGUUGACCAUAAGGUGGUUAUGCUAAUUGCUAAGGAAAUUGCAAUUGCCAACCGUGCCGGUGUAGAGGUGGCAAUUGUUGUUGGAGGUCAAAAUUUCUUUUGUGGUGAUACUUGGAUAGCUGCAACUGGAAUUGAUAGGGCUACAACUUAUCAAAUAGGUAUGAUGGCAUCAUUGAUGAACGCGAUAAUGCUCCAAGCAUUGUUAGAGAAUCUUGGUGUUGAGGCACGGAUACAGUCUACCUUAUUGACGCAAGAGAUUGCAGAACCAUACAUAAGGCGACGAGCUAUCCGUCAUCUUGAGAAAGGAAGAGUUGUUAUAUUUGGUGGAGCUGGUGGAGGAACAGGAAAUCAACUUUUUAGCUCCGACAUUGCAGCUGCCUUGAGGGCCUCCGAAAUUCACGCAGAUGCUGUUCUGAAAGGGACUACUGCAGAUGGCUUUUAUGGUUGCCAUUCCAGCAACAGCAAUAGCAACGCGUUUGAGCAUAUUUCAUUUAGGGAGUUGGUUUCAAGAGGUUUCACCGCAAUCAACAUGGCAGCAUUGAAAUUAUGCGAAGAGAACAACACACCAGUUGUUCUCUUUAAUUUAUUAGAGCCAGGCAUUGUUUCGAGGGCACUUUGUGGGGAACCAGUCGGUACCCUUAUUGACCAAUCAGGAAGAAUCAGCUGAUCCUUUUAAUUGUCAAAUCUCAAAGCAGUUCUCGGAGCCAUUACAAUUCCUUCUGAGAACUACUUGAUUCUUGUAUCAUCAUGUGUCAAAGCCUUGAGGCUGUAAGCCAUGGAUGCUGUGUCUUCCUGCAUGUUUGGUUUGCCAGGGAGGCUCCGGCCCUGUCUGCUGUUCAUACUUCAGUUGUAAAGUAUUGAAUACACUGUACAAAGGAUGUCAGGAAUAUCCCGGGAUAAGGAAGUGGCAGUAUCAUCUUC